CGCAGAGCGGCGCGCAAACCGGCGCGCCCCUGUGAGGGGGCGUCGUCGCCGGUCCAGGAUGGAGACGGACAGCGGGUUGGAGGUUGGCGGGGAGGCGGAACGAGAAGAGGGAGAGCCCGAGGUGAAAAGGCGGAGGCUUCUGUGUGUGGAGUUCACCUCCGUGGCCAGCUGCGACGCCGCCGUGGCGCAGUGCUUCCUGGCCGAGAACGACUGGGAGAUGGAGAGAGCCCUGAACUCCUACUUCGAGUCCCCUGUGGAGGAGAGCACCUUAAAAAGCCUCUCUGAGACCUCCCCUGAGCGCGAGCCCUGUGUUGACCUAACCAAGGAAGAGACCACUGAUUCCAGUAGUUCUAAAACCAGCUCAUUUGAAAACAUGCAGCAGGAAGAUGGCAGCAUGCUCUCUGUCAUUACCUGGAAUAUUGAUGGAUUAGACCUAAAGAAUCUGCAAGAGCGGGCUCGAGGGGUGUGUUCCUAUUUAGCUUUGUACAGUCCGGAUGUGCUAUUUCUCCAGGAAGUCAUCCCCCCAUAUUAUAGCUACCUAAAGAAGAGAGCAAGUAAUUACGAGAUUAUUACAGGUCGUGAAGAAGGAUAUUUCACAGCUAUAAUGUUGAAGAAAUCAAGAGUGAAAUUUAAAAGCAAAGAAAUUAUUCCUUUUCCAAAUACAGAAAUGAUGAGAAACCUUUUGUGUGUGUAUGCGAGUGUGUCGGGAAAUGAACUUUGCCUUAUGACUUCCCAUUUGGAGAGCACCAGAGGGCAUGCUAAGGAGCGAAUGAACCAGUUCAAAAUGGUUUUAAAAAACAUACAAGAGGCUCCAGAGUCAGCUACAGUCAUUUUUGCAGGAGACACAAAUUUAAGGGAUCAAGAAGUAACCCGAUGUGGCGGUUUACCCAGCAACAUUUUGGAUGUCUGGGAGUUUUUGGGCAAACCUAAGCAUUGCCAGUAUACGUGGGAUACACAAAUGAACUCUAAUCUUGGAAUAGCUGCUAAGUGUAAGCUUCGUUUUGAUAGAAUAUUUUUUAGAGCAGCAGCAGCAGAAAGUGGACACAUUAUUCCCCGAAGUUUAGACCUCCUGGGGUUGGAAAAACUGGACUGUGGUAGAUUUCCUAGUGAUCACUGGGGUCUUCUGUGCAACUUAGAUGUAAUACUAUGAAAUGCUUUUCAGAUAAGAGUUUAUAUCUUCUAAGUAGUUUUGUUCUGGACUUAAUGCAAAUAUAAUUUCUAUCUAUCUGGAAAGGUUAGAUUCAAUAUAGCAGAAUUAAUAUACUGGAUCACAUAACAUAAAAAACUAUUGUGAUUUUAUUUUGUGAAUUGAGUCCUGAGUAUCAGUGUUUACUUAAAUUAAAGCAGACCCAGUGUUGAGAAUAUGAGGCCUCUUAAUGAAAGGGCACAGAGGCUGUCAGAGCUUUGAAUAGUGGUCUUAGCUGCCUGCUGGAUUUCAAGCAGGAUCAGAGCAUCUCUGUGGGCUAGUUUUUAUAUUUGAUUUUGAUUUGUGUUUUAAAUGGGGCGCCAAAGACAAUUAUUAUUUUAACUAAGAUUUCAAAAGGAGAACUUAGUACAGUCCACACAUUUAGAUCAUUUUAAAUAAAAAAGUUCUGGUCAUCUGCAUUUUAGUAGAUGACAACUCUAUCAGACUAUUUUUGUCAGCUGACAGGAUACAUAAUCGGUAAGCUAUAAAGAAAUCUUACACUUAAAAUUCCUUAACUUUUAGAAAUUUAUGUUUGUAGUUAUGUUGCCAACAGAAGAAAAGAUGAUUAAAGUCAGAUAUAGUGGCACUGGAUUUUUUUAAGAGAAAAAUAAAAUGUAAAGAGAGAUAGCCAGUUAGGUUUUGCUACUUGUAAAAUUGAGUUAUUUUAUAAGAGAUCAAAGAGCACUUUCAAUGUGCUUUCAAAAAAAAAAAAAAAACUUUUCCCUUAAGAAAUGUACUUUAAAUAAAGAAUUUCACUUGUUUGUAGUUUGCUUUA